AUGACGGGACCCCACCCCCCGCAGCUUGCCCUGGGGCCGGACGGAGCCAUGAGCAGAGCCAGGAGGCUGCCCCCGGGCCGCGGUGCCGCCAUGGCCAGGCAGAUGGGUUUGGUGCCUGAGCUGGGCCCCGCUGGGGACCCCCCCGGGGACGACACAGCAGAGCUGGAGGCAGAGCUGCUGGCACUGGUUGGAGGAGGCCAAACCAGGCUGGCAGAGAAGCCUGGGGGCAGAGCUGCCCUGCCCAUGGAGGCCAUCGAGGAGAUGGCAGCACUCUGCAUGAGGGACCCUGAGGAGGAGGAGGAGGAGGAAGAGCUGGAGGAUGAAGAUGACCUCAUGGCUGAGCUGCAGGAGGUGCUGGGAGCAGACCCUGGGAGCAAGGCCACACCGGAGCCUCCUGCCAAGGUGCCAGGGCAGCAGGGGGGCAUGGAGGCCCUGCUGGCAGAGAGAGCUGCCCUGUACCAGGCUGCCCUCUGCAGUGCCAGGCAGGCCGGGGACGGUGCCAGGCUGCGGCGCCUGGAGCGGGGCCUGAAG